AUGCAAACCCGCAGUAUAGAUCAGGCAGAAGAUGCUCUGCACGAUGCGCUGCUUGCGGCCGCCGAAGCGUGGCCGACCAAAGGCACUCCGCGCAACAAAGGCGCCUGGUUACUGACGGUAGCCCGACGCAAGUUGAUAGACAGAAUUCGCAAAGAAUCCCACCGCCGUGCAGCGACAACACUGCAGGCGAUUCAGGACACCGCACCGGAGCCGAUUCAAGAGGGCAUUGAGCUCGACAGCGCAAUCCCGGACGAACGCCUACGCCUGAUCUUCACCUGCUGCCACCCUGCCCUCGCUGACAACGCGCGCGUACCGCUCACGCUGAAGACACUGUGCGGCUUGUCCACGCGUGAAAUCGCCCGUGCCUUCUUGACCUCUGAAACCACGAUGCGCCAGCGCCUGACUCGAGCGAAAAAGAAGAUACGCGACGCUGGCAUUCCCUAUCAGGUACCUCAGGGCGAAGCACUGGAGGAAAGGUUACCCGCAGUGCUGUCUGUGGUUUAUCUGAUUUAUAACGAGUCGUUCAACGCAUACGAAGGCCAAUCGCUCAGCCGUGAAGACCUGACACUGGAAGCGAUUCGGCUUGCUCGCGUCUUGCACAAACUCAUGCCGCGUCCGGACGUCGCAGGGCUACUUUCUUUGAUUCUAUUGCACAGCUCACGCCAUGCCGCUCGCAAGUCAGCGACUCGAUCCUUUAUCCCGCUGGAAGAACAAGACCGAUCCCUGUGGGAUCAGGACUUGAUCCAGGAAGGAACCCGACUGGUCCUCACCGCAAUGGGUCAGGGCAGGCCUGACAGCUAUCAGCUACAAGCGGCAAUCAGUGCGCUGCACGCAAUGGCACCUGACUGGGAAUCCACCGACUGGCAGCAAAUUCGCCAGCUGUACAAUAUUCUCUAUCGGCUCAACCCUUCGCCUGUAGUGGCUCUCAAUCAGGCUGUAGCGAUCGCUUAUGCUGGUGAUCUGGAGCAGGCCUAUGAGCAACUGUGUGAGCUGGAGCAAGAGUUAACCGCCUACCAGCCCUUCUACGCCGCUCGAGCCCGCCUUGCUGCCCAGCUUGGUCGGCCCCGCGAUUCUCUGACUGAUUAUCAAAGGGCAUUGGAGCUAACCAGAAACCAGGUUGAGCGGGACUUCCUGAUCGAGAUGAGAGACCGCCUCAAGUUGGGUUCCUGA